CCCGGCGGCAUGGCGGAGCCCACUCUGUGCGCCUUCCUCACCAAGCUACUGUGCGCGCACGGAGGCCGCCUGCUGCUGCCGGCGCUGCGCGCCCACGUGGAGCUGCCAGAGGCGCGGCUGCGGGCGGUGCUGCUCCAGGCCGGGCCCGGGCGCUUCCUGCUGCACGACGUGGCGCCCGGGCCUCUGAGCCCCGAGGCCGAGGCGGCGGCCGGGCUGGGCGGCGUGCACGGGGGCCCCGUGGCCUGCAGAGUGGUGGCCGUGUCCUCCGCGCGCCUCUGUGCCCGCUACCAGCGGGGCCGCUGCCGGGCCUGCGACCAGCUGCACCUCUGUCGCCGCCACGUGCUGGGCAGGUGUCCCCACCGCGACUGCUGGUCCACCUGUGCUCUUUCGCACGACAUCCACACACCUGUCAACAUCCAGGUGCUGAAGAAACACGGUAUCUUUGGCCUGAAUGAGGAGCAGCUCCGGAUUUUGCUCUUGCAAAAUGACCCCUUCCUACUCCCUGAAAUCUGUCUGCUUUACAACGGAGGCGAGCGGCCAGCGGGUCGCUGCAGCCUGGGGGCGAGGUGCGGGCGGCUGCACGUGUGCCGGGCCUUCGUGCGGGGCGAGUGUGCCCUGCGACGCUGCCCGCGUUCCCACCAGCUGCUCCACGCCGCGCCCUUGUGGCAGCUGGAGGAGCAGGGCCUGAGUGUCCCCAGCCUCGUCAACUUCCAGAUCAUCGCGGCCGACAGGCACUGCAGGCUGCAUGGGCUGCCCAACAGCAGAGGUGACUCAACUGCACCCCCUGAGGGUCCCCAUGGCCCAGCGCAGCAAGGAGGAGGAGCUCCCCAGACUUUGGCUGCAAGAGCCCGCCCUCCACUCCCUGUCCCUGCUCAGCAGGCCCGGGCCACACAGGAGCCUGGGGCGGGCGGACCUUAGCGGACAUCGCCAGACACAGAAAGCCACCCUGCUGCUCUGAGCUCUUGGAAGGAUGAGUUGGGAGGGGCUUCUGCUGCUUUCCCCAAUCAUUGUCUGUCUGUGUACACUUCACAUGAGGCGUUCAGAGAUUCCUAAGUAUUAUACUCUCUCUUUAAGAGAAAGCCAUGUGUCCAGGGCUGGCAGGAUAGCCUCCCUGGGAGGGGUUUGCUCUACCAUGCUCGGACCUGAGUUCCAGCCCAGCCACUAAGUAUAGACUUGGGGGGAGCUUCCUUGCCUUGAGGUCUUUCCCUCUGUGCCUUUGCCUCUGUUAACCCUGAACCAUGAGACCCCCGGCAAUGACAGGAAAAAAAGUAAGAUUCAUUCAGGAUCUAUCCCCAUUCCCUCAUGAUUAUAACACCACAUUACUCUGAUGCACAGAGACACUAGUCUGUCAUAGUUGACUUCUUCUGAUCCUUUGGGAUACGUUGUGAAUAUACCUCUUAAAAUUCAGUUAUUCUUUGCUCUUUUUGUAUGUAGCAUCUUAAUUCUCUUUUACUUUGUUGGGUGUAUGUGUUUUCCCAGAGCAUGGCUCAGCUGUUUGUGGUGCCUGGGUUCAAAUGUGAGACCUUUUACAUACAUGUCCCAAGUGUUGUUUCUUUUUUUUUUCUUUUUUCUUUUUCUUCCUCCCCUGAACCCCCAGGGUUAUCACUGGGGCUUGGUGCCUAUUCCAUGAAUCCACUGCUUGUAGAGAUGCAUUUUUUCCCAUUUUUUAUUGGCUAGGACAGAGAGAACUUGAAAGAGGAGGGGGAAAUAGGAAGAGAGAAAGAUAGACACCUGCAGACCACUUGUGAAGCAUCCCCCUUGCAGGUGGGGAACCAGGGGCUCAAACUGGGGUCCUUCAGUGGGUCCUUGCACUUCGUACUAUGUACUUAACCCAGUGCACUACCGUCCCUCCUCCCCCCCCCCAUGUGCUAUUUGCCUGACCCCAUCUGUGCUGGUGAAUUGAACCCAGAUCCUCCCACGUGCCAGACUCAGGCUCUAACCUUGAACAGUGCAUUUCCUUAAAUUCACCUGCAACUGUUUUUUGCAGUCAAAUGCUCUACCUCUGAGCUGUACCCCCACCUGACUCUGCAGCUGUUUUUGCUCUGUGCAUCUGCUUGCUUGGGGCUUGUUGCACAUUUUGCCUGUGCCCCUGCAAUUCCUGGGGUCCUCCUCUGGGCCUCUGGGGGCAUCUUUUAUUCCACUCCUUAGUGGCCAACGGGUGACCCUGGUAGAGAGCACACACCUUACCAUUUGUGAGGACGUGGGUUCAAGCCCCUGGCCCCCACCUGUAGGGAGGAAGCUUCACAAGUUAUGGAGCCCUGCUGCAUAUCUCUCUGUAUGUAUAUCGGCUUUUUCUCUGUUUCUAUCAAAAAAGAAAGAAAGAAAAGAAAAUGAAAUGGCCGCUGGAGGUAGUGGAGUUGUCGUCGUCGGCACUGAGCUCCAACAAUAACCCUGAUGGCAAAAGCAGAUAAUCAAACUAACUAAUUUGCAUAAAGGGAUGCCAGUCUGAAUGUGCUCACGUGGUACCCAGUGCUGGCAGGUCUGGCCUCAGCCAGCCCACAGCAGAGUACUCACAAGAGUACAGCACUUUCUGCUGCUCCCCAGAGCUUUCUACCUCACUCCAUCCACUCUUCGCUUCUUUACCAAAGCCCCAUGCUGUCACGUGUUUGCAGGAUGCGGAGUCCGUGUCCCUUCUUUCAUAGGUUGGACAGACCAGAGACAUGCACACACUACCCAGUUCCUGUGCUCCUUACCCGUCCUGCUAUUUUGCUUGUUCAUUUAUUUUUAUUGCACCAGGGUUGCUGCUGGACUCCAGUUGCCCGCGCUAUGAAUCCACCACUUUCGGCAGCCAUUUUUCCCAUUUUUGUAUACUUUCUUUUUUUAAAAUUUUUUAUUUAUAAAUACUUUCUUCUUUAAUUAGAUAGAAAUUAAGGCAGGAGAGAGAAAGAGAGAGAGAGAGAGAGAGACCUGCAGACUUGCUUCACUGCUUGUGACUCUUUCCCCCCUGCAGGCGGUGAGCGGACACUUGAACCUAAGUUCUUAUGCUUGCUAAUAUGUGCACUUAACCGGGUGCACCACCGCCCGGCCCCUACCUCCCUUCUUUAUGUCCCCAUCUGCAAUCCUUAAUGGAAGCAGUGUGGUAUAUAAGCCUGCCGUCUAUAGAGAGGCUGGGUGGCUAUUUACAUCAUUGAGCUCUUACAUCUGAUUACUGUGCUUUUAUGGUUUUUGUUUGUUUACCAGGGCACUGCUCAGCUCUGACUUAUGGUGGUGCAGGGGACUGAACCUGGGACUUUUGAGAGACAAUAAAAAAGAAAAAAAAAGAGGGGCUUUGUAGUGGAACACCUAGUUGAGUGCACAUGUUAUAAUGCACAAGGACCUGAGUUCAAGCCCUCGGUCCCCACCUGCAGGGGAAAAGCUUUGUGAGUGGUGAAGCAGGGCUGCAGGUCUCUCUGUCUCUCCCUCUCUCUCAGUCUCCUUGCAAAACCAUGCUACCUCUGCCCUCGUCAUGCUUUUAUGUGUGAAGUUACAGCCCUUUGUAAUCUUUACUGCAUUAUUUGGCUCAUUUCUGUAGCAUUCCAUUUCAGCGUUAGUUGUGUCGGUAUCCACUUCACAAAGGCGUUGUCUGUGAUUGUGCCUUGUUUUUGUGUGGGUGACUCACCUGUUAGAGAGUUGGAGAGAAAAUUUCAUUGGAAAAUUUCUUUGGGGGCAUAAGCUACCCGUAGGGUGCCUGGCAGUGAUGCACUUGGGUAGGUAAGCUACCUGUUUAGGGUGCCUGGCAGUGAUGUACCUGGUUAAGUACCCCAUUACCAUGCCCCAAGAACUGGGUUCCAGUCCCCACUCUCUACCUGCAGGGGGAAAGCUUCACAAGCGGUGAAGCAAUUACUCUCUGUUUUUUCUCCCUCUUUAUCUCUUCCUCCCCUUUCAAUUUCUCUCUCUGUCCUAUCAAAUAAAGAAAAGGGAAAAAAAAAGCAACCAGGAGCAGUGGAUUCGAUGUGCAGGCACCAAGCCUCAGCAAUAACCCUAGUGACAAUAAAAAAGAAAAGAAAAAGAGGGGCUUUGUAGUGGAACACCUAGUUGAGUGCACAUGUUAUAAUGCACAAGGACCUGAGUUCAAGCCCUCCGUCCCCACCUGCAGGGGGAAAGCUUUAUGAGUGGUGAAGCAGGGCUGCAGGUCUCUCUGUCUCUCAACCCCUUUCCUCUUGAUUUCUGGCUGUCUCUAUUCAACAAAUAAAUAAAGAUAAUUAAAAAGGGGGGUCGGACAGUGACAUAUCCAGUUAGGUACACAGAGUACUAAGUGCAGUGAUCUGUGUGAGGAUCAGGGUUCGAACCCCUGACUCCCCACCUUCACAAGCAGUGAAGCAGAUCUGGAGGUGUCUUUAUUUUUCUCUUUCUCUCUAUUUCCCUCUCUUCUCUCAAUUUCUUUCUGUUCUGUCCAAUAAAAUGGAGGGAAAAUGGCCUUGGGGAGUGGUGGCUUCAUAGUGUUGGCACUGAGCCCCAGUACUAACCCUGGAGGUGGAAGGAAAGAAGGAAGGAAAGAAGGAAGGAAGGAAGGAAGGAAGGAAGGAAGGAAGGAAGGAAGGAAGGAAGGAAGGAAGGGGAGAAGGCUGCCCCACAAACCCGUUACUUCAGCUUUCCUCCAGCUUUGUUCUUGCUUUUGUCCCCUUCUAGUGGACAGUCAGUACCUAAUGACUUAACACCCAGAUUAGCAAAUGGGCCUAAGUCUUCUGUUUUCCUGUGUCAGAUUGCUUAUUUGGUGUUGGGAAUUUUAUUUUCUUUUGACUAGAGAAGUGGCUCAGCUGCUAGAGCCUUGCAUGUGUGAAGGUGUGGGUUCAAUUCCUAAUGCUGCCUAUGCCAGUGUUCUGGUCUUUUGCUCUCCUCAAAUGAACCUUAAAAAAGUUACUUUCCAUCUCUCAGACUGCAUCUUUCUCUGUCCCUUUCUCUCCACCCUGCACACACUGCUUUGCUUCCUGUGUUCACUACCUCUUGCAUUUAUCCCAUGCAUAUACAACUCACUGCUUUUCAAAUUAUGUCUUAAUGAGAGUUUUACUUUUGAAGAAAGUUUUAGUUUAUCUUUUUUUAUUUCUUUAUUGGGGAAUUAAUGUUUUACAUUCAACAGUAAAUACAAUAGUUUGUACAUACAUAACAUUUCUUAGUUUUCCAUACAACAAUACAACCCCCACUAGGUCCUCUGUCAUCCUUCUUGGACCUGUAUUCUCCCCCCACCCCCACCCACCCACUUCAGAGUCUUUUACUUUGGUGCAAUUCAUCAAUUCCAAUUCAAGUUCUACUUGUGUUUUCUCUUCUGAUCUUGUUUUUUAACUUCUCCCUGAGAGUGAGAUCAUCCCAUAUUCAUCCUUCUAUUUCUGACUUAUUUCACUUAACAUGAAUUUUUCAAGGUAGUUUAUCUUUUUCUAAUGUUUUCCUCAAGGUCUGUUUAUUAGCUUGAAAGAGAAGAGAGAGAGAGAAUACCAGAUCAUCACUCUGGCAUAUACAGUGCUGAGGAUCAAACUUGGGACCUCAUGCCAGAGAACCCAGAACUUUAUCUACUGUAUCAACUCCCUAGCUGCAAGCAACUUUGAAUGUUUAUAGGCUCUUGUAGAUUUCAUUAAUCUUAUCACCUUCUCUCUCCCUUCCUUCCAUCCUGCUCCCUGGCUGAUCUUUGGAAAUACAGACCUGGUAUGUUGAUUUCUUUCUUUCUUUCUUUCUUUCUUUCUUUCUUUCUUUCUUUCUUUCUUUCUUUCUUUCUCCCUUCCUUCCUUCCUUCCUUCCUUCCUUCCUUUCUUUCUCCCUUUCUUUCUUUCUUUCUCAUCCUUUCUCUCUCUCUCUCUUGCUUUUGCUACUGUUCCUCCUGCUCCUCUCCUUUACAAAAUAUGUAUUUAUCUAUUAGAGAGAGCUACAGAAAGCAAGAAGUAGUAUCACUCUGGCACAUGUAGUGCAGAGAUCAAACCAGGGGUUUUGUGCAUGCAAGUCCUAUGUUCUAACCACUCUGCCACCUCCCUGACAGUAUUACCUGCUUUAAUCCCCGCUGUCCAGGACAGGACUGAUAUAUACUCAAGUGCCUACGGGGACCAGAAAGGUGAGUGAAAUGGACAAAGUGAGCUGAAUGCCUGGGAAGAAAGAAGAGCAGUGGCAAACAGUCCUAUCUGUCACAUGUUUCCAUGAGGGGCUGCGGGUUCAGUAUGUCCUUCCUGUCCCAUCUGUCCCCUGGAGCCAGAAUCCUGAUCCUCCUGAGAAAUGUCCUUGGGUUUUUAAAUUGUUGAAUUUAUUAUCCAUUGUUUUUAAUACAGCCGUGUGUGUGUGUGUGUGUGUGUGUGUGUGUGUGUGUGUGUGUGUGCGCGCACGUGCGCGCGCACUGACCCCUUUGCAGUGUUUGGACUGUGUCAUUUUCUCGUGUGAUGGUCCCUGCUUUCUGAGUGCCUCUUCUUCCCUUCUGUCCCCAGACCUGGCAGAAUCAGUCUUUAAAUACCAGUUUAGCCUUCCCUUUCCUCCUAGAGUGUGCUCAGAGCUCCAGCACAGCACUUAACUUGUUCUUAUACCAUGCUGUAUGUUUGGAUUCUAUUGCAUUAAGCACUAUCAUUAUUUAUCCUUCUCGGUAAUUUGAUAUCUGCCAUAUGAGGAAUUAAAACUCAAGCGUCUGAACCCAUUGA